GAUUUCCUAUUCGCGUCCCAAUUACGAAAUGAAGAGCUUGCCAAGUUACAAUAUGUAGUGUGCUGUGUAAUGAAUCCAUGCUAUUAACUGAAAAGAACAGAAAUGGAUGGAGACAGAGAAAGCCAGCGCUGGAACUGGGAUUGCCCUAAUACUAGGCGACAGCUGGAGGAACUGUUUUUUAGUGAGCAAGGAUACAUCAAGGCAAAUUCUGAAGACAGCAAGGAGUUUUGGGUGUUUUUUGACCGCUUUCAGAGAUUCCAGAAGAUGCAGAAGAGAGGUGAUAAAUGCAAAGGGAGAACAGACAAGGAAAAAUAUAGUGGUAGUUUAAAGGACCUGCCUAAAGUGUAUGACCCCAGGUACCGUAUUAACUUUUCCAUCAUCCAAAGUAAGGAUGUGGAGAAAUCUAGACAUAACCAUGUAAAAGAAUAUAGAUCUAGAGACUGUAGAUCAAUACCAAGGGAGAAGUUAGAGGAGUUUAAGAUGUCUGUUCUGCACUAUUUGGACUUCACCCAGAAACAAAGCUUUGCAAAACUUGUCAAGCUUCGCAAGGAGAGAUCAAGCUUGCCCAUAUUUCAGUACAAGGAGAAGAUAAUUAGUAUGGUGCAUAAACAUCAGGUGGUGGUGGUAGCCGGGGAUACUGGAUGUGGAAAGUCUACUCAAGUACCACAGUACAUGUUGGCAGCAGGGUUUGGACAUAUUGCUUGCACUCAGCCACGCCGAAUUGCCUGUAUUUCAUUAGCCAAGCGAGUUGGAUUUGAGAGCCUCAAUCAGUAUGGUUCAAAGGUUGGGUACCAAAUCCGAUUUGAGAGCAGCCGAUCACCUGCUACAAAAAUUGUGUUCAUAACUGAGGGCCUCUUGCUACGUCAAAUCCAAAGGGACUCCACGCUUCCUCAAUAUCAAGUAAUUAUUGUGGAUGAGGUUCAUGAAAGACAUCUACAUAGUGACUUUCUUCUCGGUGUGCUACGCCAGCUUCUUGUUUUGCGUCCAGACCUUAAAGUCAUACUUAUGUCUGCCACCAUCAACAUCAAAUUAUUCUCUGGAUACUUUGAACAGGCACCAGUACUUCAGGUCCCUGGGAGACUCUUUCCAAUUCAGGUAAUAUACCAACCAAUUCCUCAGGAGGAAACAGUGUCAAAGUCAGAGAAACUGGAUCCUCGACCAUACCUCCAUGUGCUGCAGGCCAUUGAUCACAAAUACCCACCAGAUGAGCGUGGUGAUCUGUUAAUAUUCUUGAGUGGAGUGACUGAAAUCAGCAGUGUCCAAGAAGCAGUGCAGGUGUAUGCCACCCACACUCAGCGCUGGAUUGUGCUUCCGUUACACAGCACAUUAUCAAUUGCAGAUCAAGACAAGGUUUUUGACUUGGCUCCUGUAGGUGUCAGAAAAUGUAUUAUCUCAACUAACAUUGCUGAGACAUCAGUCACAAUCGAUGGAGUAAGAUUUGUACUUGAUUCAGGUAAAGUAAAGGAGAUGAGUUUUGACCCGAAAGCUAAGAUGCAGCGUCUGCAGGAGUUCUGGAUCAGCCGUGCAAGUGCAGAGCAAAGGAAAGGCCGCGCGGGUAGGACAGGGCCAGGGGUGUGUUAUCGACUGUAUGCAGAGUCAGAUUAUGAUGCCUUUUCUCCAUACCCUGUCCCCGAAAUCCAGCGAGUGGCACUGGAUUCCUUGGUUCUUCAGAUGAAAAGCAUGGAGCUGGGUAAUCCUCGACACUUCCCCUUUAUCGAGCAGCCCUCCAUGUCUAGCAUUGAGACAGCUAUUUUCUAUCUUCGAGACCAAGGGGCACUAGACAUAAAUGAAGAACUUACGCCCAUUGGGAAACUGCUUGCCAAACUGCCUGUUGAUGUUGUUAUAGGAAAAAUGCUGAUCUUAGGCUCACUUUUCAGCCUAGUGGAACCAGUUCUGACCAUUGCUUCUGCUCUAAGCGUGCAGUCUCCUAUCCUGCGAAACUCAACAAGCAACCCAGAGUGGGGCACUGCCAGAAAGCCUCUGGAGAGUGAGCAUGGGGAUCCCUUUACACUGCUCAAUAUUUUUAACGAGUGGGUCCAGGUUAAGGCAAAUCAGAGAAGUAACUCAAGGAAGUGGUGUAGACGCCGGGGGCUAGAAGAACAAAGGUUAUAUGAAAUGGCGAACCUCCGUCGACAGUUCAAGGAACUUUUGAAGGACCAUGGGCUACUGGAAGAGAAUGUAGCUCAAAGAGGAGAUCGAAACAGUCGCCAACGACAGCAUAAGGAGCGCAAAGAGCUACACCAGCUCAAAAGACAGCAUGAACGGGUGGAAAAACGAAAGCGUAAAGUGUUAAAGCUACAGGAUGAGGGUGCUGGGUCCUCUAGUGAUGGAGAAGAACAGUACCACACUGAAAAACAUAGAAAGGACAGAAAAGACAGCAUAGAUAUUCAGGAUGUAAAAUUCAAGUUAAGGCACAACAUCCAUGAAUUGCAUGCAUCUUCCAGUACGGGCCAAGAUCUCUCCAGCCAGGAGGUAUCGUUACUGAAACUGAUUGUGUGCCAUGGUUUGUACCCACAGCUAGGGGUGCCUGAUAGCUUCAACAGUUGUCGAAAGGAUUCUGAUCAGGUUUUUCAUACAAAAAAUAAACAGGGAGUCGUUUUGCAUCCAACUUGUGUCUUCUCCUGCAAUCCUGAACUUCUGCAAGUAAACAGUGAAGAGGAGUCUGCUGGGAAUGAGUCAGGAAACAAAGGUCAGAGCAGCAGGCACCAGAUUGUGGCGUUUGUCUCGCUCCUGGAGACAAACAAGCCUUACUUGGUAAACUGUGUGAGACUGUCAGCUCUCCAGGGUUUUCUACUGCUGGCCCGAUGCAUUGACACCAGUGCAGACUGCUGCCGCAUUGUAUGUGAUAAGUGGAUGGAGAUGAACGUGGACAAUCCUGAAAGUGCUUUGUGUUUGAUCACAGAAGCAGUGCAGUUAAGGGUAGCUUUAGAGAAACUUCUCAAAUCCAGACUGGAGAAGCCUUCUAGAAGAGAGGACCAUACAGAAGACGAUGCUUGGACAGCAAGGCAAGAGGCAGAACGAUUAGGCAGACGUUUGGUGGAUUAUGUGAGGCCAGAGGCGAUUUACAGUAUGCGGAGAUUAGCUGCCUUAGAAGCUCAGAACCUGUAUGUGGGACCUCAAGUUCUCAGCUCUGCUUCGGGUCUUCCAGGGGUGUUUACUGGUGUGGAAUUGAAACCGGAUCCUCUAAAAGGAGGCUACAGCGUGACCAAUUUCCUUACAUAUAACUGCCUUGCGAGCGAGACUGAUUUCUACAGUGAUUGUCUGCGUUCUUUUUGGACAUGCCCACAUUGUGGUCUUUAUAUGCCAUUUACUCCCAUGGAAAGAAUGAGCCAUCAGAACAGCUGCAUGGUGGAGGAGACAUCAGAAGGACUUGGGGAACAGGACAACAAGAUGACUUCAGUGACUUCUUUGCACAGAAACUAUCAUUGUGACAUAUGCCAGAAAGACUUGAUGUUGACACCAACUGAAAUCCUUAAGCACAAAAGGCAGCAUCUUAAUAGCUAAUAAAAGGAAAUGCAUUUGUAGGACUGUUGUACAUUUGUUCAUAUUUGCUUUGUUAAUGAGAAUUUUAAAGCCGUGUGCUUGUUUUUGGUGGUUAGCCAUUCUAGCUGUGUGGCUUUAUUCUGAAACUCAAAUUAAUGUAUGUCCUACAAUCAGUUAAAGGUAAAUUAUCUUGAAAAUUAAAAUUAAAAAAAACUAAAUUAAGAAACUUUAACUUUAUAAUCAAGUAAAAAUCUAAAUUCUGUGCUGUUUUUAAAAUAAAGUUACUCUUCACUGUUCCCCUCUCA